GUGUAGACUUUCAACAUUUGGUUUAGUGUUUUGGUUCACAAAAUUUCUCCAUAAAAAUCCGAAAUUUAAAAGGAAUGCCUAAUUUGGGGGGUUCUCGCCUGCCUUCAGUCCGCAAAGGUGCCACUAGCCCCGUAAACGUUGGUUUGGAGGGCAGCUCGUGCUCCGUGCCGACGACAGUGCAUCGCCGCAAGCGCAAGAAGGUGGCGCGUGUUAAGGCCGGAGCACAGACGCCACCCAGACCCGUACGUGUACCAGUGAGAGUAGGCAGCUCAGUCACACCAAAGGCGGACGGAGGAAUCCGUAAGGCAGGCAACGGUAGCGCCUCUGGCUCUGGUGCCAAGUCAGCUCGUGUCCCGCCGUCUUUGAGCAUAGCUGAUUGUCAAGUCAAAAAGAGUUCACUGUCACGAAAGACCGCUGGUGCGUCGGUGAUCGCCCCAAUUGGGAGGAGUGGCAAAGCUGAGGCCAGCGGCUCCCGCAAGGUUAAAUUCUCGACUAACGUGCACACCUUUCCGGCCACCGAUAAGAAGACGCGCAUAGGCGAGCUGCAUCUCAAAAAGCCCAUUAAGAAGCUCAAGCGCAACCGCCCGCUCUCGUCGGGUGGCGGAAAGAGCGUCGCGAGCAAGCUUGAGCUAUCCAUAUCGCAGAAGUCCAGCUCUGUCCUGCGCCGCAACGUGCAACAUAGUGGCGCGGCCAUAGACGUCGAGCCUGUGGCAACUGCGCGCGGUCGCAAGGCACCACCGCCCUUAGCCGCCAAGCCGUCCGUAGCUGGCGUAGCUCGCAAGGCCAAACGGCUGACCAAGUCCCGCAUCAAGGCCGGCACAAGCAAUCGCCAACCGGUGGUGACUGCAAUUAGACCGUGUCCGCGUCUAGCCUACUCCAUACAGCCGGAUAUAAAACGGGAUAUUUUACUCCUAAAAAGCGCAGCCAAAAAAUAA